AUGAAACCUUUUCAAACACCAAAUUCAUGUCAUUCAAGAAAGGGAAGUGCAAAAGUUAAUAGAUAACCAUUUGCAAUCAUUAGUAAUUGCCCUGAAUUCUAACAAUGCGCCAAUUAUUUAUAAAGUAAAGUGUAAGGAUUGGAAAUGAGAGUGAAAAAUCUUAAUAGUCAUCAUGCAAGUGAAAACAGAUCAACUACAGCUUCUAAAACUACAUCUAAUCUAUCUCCCUUUAAUACUCAUAAGUAAUGCAAGAAAUAUGGAUCUAAUAAGUAGAUAGACACUCAAAGUUAUUACGAGACAAUCAUCAAUAAGAGAUUAGAAAAUAUCAGUAAAAUUGAAUAGUCACCAAUAAAAACGGAGUAAUCCAUCAACUAAGAUAAAUACUCUGUUCAUAGCGUUGCGAAUCAUCAAACAAGAUUAAAUUAUAAUUGUAUUCAGAAAAUAUAAACUCUUACUAAAAGAUUGAGACAAUUUAAAUUAGUAAAAGAUCAAAAUCAAGAUGAAUGUGCCCCAUCUUUGGCAAAAAUUAAAUGUUUUUGUUAAGAAUUCUCAAAUGAAUGCUUUGAUUUUUACAGAUGCACUGACUUAAUUACCCUAAAAUAUUUUAUAUAUUUACUUUUAUAAGAACUAAAUAAUAAUUCAGAGACAUUUAGAGGCAAUGAUAAUUAUCACUAUGAAUAACAAAUUGAAUAUUUGAAAUCCUAAUUGGAUAAUUAAAAUAUGGAUUAAAUGACUUUUAAAGGUUAAAUAUAGUUAUAAAAAAUGGUAUAUGAUACUCAAAAUCAAGUUUAAGAGAUCAUCAAUUAAUUAAAAUCUUAAAGUAAUUAAAAUGUAUUAACAAACUAAGUUGAUAAAUUGAAUAAGUAAAUAAAAACAUUAAAAGAUAAUAUGAAUCAAUAGCAGUUUUUAAAGAGCUCUUUUGGUGUUAAUUUAUCAAAUUAUGAAACCAAUGAGAACAAUAGUUCACUUAUUAAUUAAUCUAAUUAUAAGACAAAUGAUGACAGAUUCAUGACUUAAAUGAGUUCUAAAUCAAAGUCUCCUUAUUGUAGAAAUAUUAGAAAAACUCAAAUAGAUAGUGAUUCAUAAAACAAUCUCAGAUUAUUGGAAGAAUAGACCUUUAUCAAUAGAUAAUUGAUGGAAAAGAUAUUUGAAUUAUAAUCUCAAGAUAAACAGAACUUUGCAAUCUAAGAGUUUUAAGAUCAAUUAAAUGAAAAAAAUAAGUAAAUUAAUGAGCUUUAGAAGAAUAUAUAGAAUUAAGGAUGUUAUUAAGAAUUAAAUUCAAGAAUAUUAGAGAUAAGUAAAAAUUUAGACAAUGUGAUUCAAUAAAAUUCUACUUUGCUUUAAGAAAAUGAUGUACUCAAAACUAAAAUUGAAUAGUUGAAGCAAGUAGAACAAAAAUACUUUGAUUUGCUUUAAGAGAAUAAUAAGUAAUGUCAAUAGCUAAAUUCUAUUAUAAAUGAUAAUUGUUAAUUUAAGAAAAUUUAAUAGUAAUACGAAGCAGAAUGUAAAGGAUAUUAAUAAUAAAUUUUAAAAUUAUAGGAGAAAUGUGAAGUUUUAUAAGCCUCUUUAUAAAAUUAAAAUGAUUCCAAGCUUCUAUAAUAAUAAAUUAAUGAAUUAUUAUAAUAAUAAUAAGAGUAAAAUAAAAUUAUUAGUUUAAUCACAGAUGAAGCACUGUAUUUAGGACAAAUGACUUUGUACACUAAUGAUCUAUUAUAGAAACAAUAGGGUGACAUCCCAAUAUCAAUUAAGGUCCUAUAAAAAGACUUAAAUAAUAAGAAGGCCACAAUCUAGUAGAAGAUGAAAAUUUUAUAGCAGUUUGGAAAUAAUAUGAAGAUAAAACAAUGUGUUUCACAUAAUAGUUCAAUAAAGACGAAUUCUGAUGUGGAUUUAUUAGAGAAUUUAGAAAGUGAGGUAAUGCCGAUGAGAUGCUAAUAAUAAACUAAUUAACAUAGUGAUUUGAUGGCGAUGUUGGUGGUCCAAUGCCAUACUUUAGAGAAAAUGAUUGAUUUUUGA